AUGUCGGGCGACAAUCCGAACGACUUCUAUUUGCGCUACUACGUUGGGCACAAGGGGAAGUUUGGGCACGAGUUCUUGGAGUUCGAGUUUCGUCCGGACGGCAAGAUGCGGUACGCGAACAACAGCCAGUACAAGAACGACACGCUGAUCCGCAAGGAGGCAUACGUGGGCAAAAUCGUGCUCGACGAGCUCAAACGCAUCAUCGAUGACUCGGAAAUUAUGCAGGAAGAUGAUGCUGCAUGGCCGGAGCCGGAUCGCGUAGGUCGUCAGGAACUGGAAAUUCUGCAUAAUGACGAGCACAUCUCGUUCACAACAAGGUUGUUUGCUUUCAGCUCCUGCUCCAGUUACUUUGCUAAAUAUCAAAUGAAAAUUUUAGUAGGAUUACGUAUCUUCUCAGUUUUGGAGCUCCGACUGAGCAGCAUUAAG